UGCAGUGCUCGGUAGUUUUGCGUGCGCAUAACACGCCUGUCAACCUUCAGAACAAACAAGUUCUUAUUUUGUAUAUACCUCGCAGUUUUAGUCAUGCAUAGAAAUUAGUUUAAAUGAAAUAAUAGUGAAUUGUUAAAGUGAUAUUUUUAAGUGGUAUUAUAGAUAUAAGAAUAAUGUCUAGGUUUCUAUUUAUUCUCGGAGUAUUUUUUAUGCGUAAUUGCAUAGCAGUUAACUUCUCGGGUGGUGCCAAAUCAAACUAUACUUUCCCGAAAGAAUUCCUUUUCGGUGUUUCUACUGCAGCAAUACAAAUCGAAGGUGCCUGGAACGAAGAUGGGAAAUCUCCGAGCAUCUGGGAUCAACUAGUACACUCGAACCCAACGUUUGUCAGGGAUAGAUCAACACCAAACGUCGCGGCUAACUCCUACCAUUUAUACAAACGAGAUGUCCAGAUGGUACGAGAGCUUGGUGUAGACAUUUAUCGCUUCUCAAUAUCCUGGCCGCGGAUAUUACCGAAUGGACUUGCGAACAGUGUGAACACACUUGGACUCCAGUAUUACAGAAACCUCAUAAACGAACUAGAGCGAUAUAAUAUAACUCCAAUGGUCACCAUUUACCAUUGGGACUUACCGCAGAAACUGCAAGACAUUGGAGGCUGGACAAACGCUCAUAUCAUAGACUAUUAUACAGAUUAUGCUAAUAUAUUAUUCGAGAACUUCGCUGAUAAGGUGAAAUAUUGGGUCACUUUUAAUGAGCCGAUGCAAACGUGCAUUGAAGGUUAUGGAGGCACGUACAGAGCUCCGGCCUUGAACAGACACGGAAUAGCAGAAUACCUCUGCACACAUAACCUACUCAAGGCACAUGCAAGCGUGUACCAUCUGUUUAACAGACAGUAUCGUCCUUUGUACGGAGGUAAGAUCGGUCUGGCUUUAGAUUCAAACUGGGCUGAGCCAAGGAGUAACUCAUCUAGCGAUAGACAAGCCGCUCAGUUAUAUCUAAGAACGCACAUGGGACUGUAUGCUAAUCCUGUAUACUCAGCAGAAGGUAACUAUCCGCCGGAGAUUAUAAAACUGGUGGAUGAAAAGAGUAGACAACAGAACUACUCCCAGUCCAGGUUACCUAAGUUCACGCCAGAAGAAGUUGAGUACAUCAGAGGUACAGCAGAUUUCUUUGGCCUCAACCAUUACACAACGUACCUGCUGAGUAUGGCUACGAAACCCGUGGGGCAGAUACCGUCCCACGAAAACGAUGUGGGAAUUGUCAGGGUUCAGGAUCCCACAUGGCCCUCAAUGUCCUCAUCGUCCUGGUUAAAGGUUGUGCCAUUCGGCUUCCGAAAACUUCUCCACUGGAUAUCUAAAUCGUAUAACAACAUCCCGAUAAUUGUGACCGAGAAUGGCUAUGCAGACUAUAGCGGAGUGCACGACAAAGCUCGUGUCAGCUACUACAAUCACUACCUCAAUGCUCUGCUGCACGCCAUUCACGAAGACCGCAGCAACGUGCAGGGAUACUUCGCCUGGAGCUUGAUGGACAAUUGGGAAUGGGAUGACGGCUAUGUGUCCCGUUUCGGCCUCUACUUGGUGGAUUUCGAGAGUCCCAACAAAACGAGGACGGCGAAAGAUUCAGCGCGGCUUUACACUCGCGUCGUGGCCACCAGAGGGUUGCCAGCAGAUUAUGAUGCGGCAGACUACACUGCAUUCUCUGGUGGUUCGACCAGGCUUAUCCCUACAAUUCUCCCCCUCAUUGCCCUGUACAGGCUGUUCCAAUAACGGCUUUUAUAUAAAAACUUGUCGUUUGUAAACCUAUUAAUAAAAUUAAGUUCAUUA